AUGUCCACUCGGACUCCAUUGCCCACGGUGAACGAGCGCGACACCGAGAACCACACAUCCCAUGGAGAUGGGCGGCAGGAAGUUUCCUCUCGAACUGGGCGCUCUGGAGCUCGCUGCAGGAACUCUAUAGCUUCUUGUGCAGAUGAACAACCACAUAUUGGAAAUUACAGACUCCUCAAAACGAUUGGAAAGGGGAAUUUUGCAAAAGUCAAACUAGCAAGGCACAUCCUAACUGGCAGAGAGGUUGCCAUAAAAAUAAUUGAUAAAACACAGCUGAACCCAACUAGUCUACAAAAGCUCUUUAGAGAAGUAAGAAUAAUGAAGAUCUUAAAUCAUCCAAAUAUAGUGAAACUAUUUGAAGUCAUUGAAACUGAAAAAACUCUCUAUUUAAUAAUGGAAUAUGCAAGUGGGGGGGAAGUGUUUGAUUAUCUGGUUGCACAUGGAAGAAUGAAGGAAAAGGAGGCUAGAGCUAAAUUUAGACAGAUAGUAUCUGCAGUGCAGUAUUGCCAUCAAAAGCACAUUGUUCAUAGAGAUCUCAAGGCUGAAAACCUAUUGCUAGAUGCAGAUAUGAACAUUAAAAUAGCUGACUUUGGGUUUAGCAAUGAGUUUACAGUUGGAAAUAAACUGGACACCUUUUGUGGCAGCCCACCAUAUGCUGCUCCAGAACUCUUUCAAGGGAAGAAAUAUGAUGGACCUGAAGUAGAUGUUUGGAGUUUAGGUGUUAUUCUCUAUACUCUUGUGAGUGGAUCUCUUCCUUUUGAUGGACAGAACUUAAAGGAACUUAGAGAAAGAGUGCUAAGGGGAAAAUACAGGAUUCCUUUCUACAUGUCCACAGACUGUGAAAACCUCCUCAAACGUUUCCUGGUGCUAAACCCAACAAAAAGAGGCACUCUAGAGCAAAUUAUGAAGGACAGGUGGAUCAACGCAGGGCAUGAGGAGGAUGAACUUAAACCUUUCGUUGAACCAGAACUAGACAUCUCGGACCAGAAAAGAAUAGAUAUUAUGGUAGGAAUGGGAUAUUCUCAAGAAGAAAUUCAAGAAUCCCUCAGUAAAAUGAAGUAUGAUGAAAUCACAGCUACGUAUUUACUGCUAGGAAGAAAGUCAUCAGAGUUGGAUGCAAGUGAUUCAAGCUCCAGCAGCAAUCUUUCACUUGCCAAAGUUAGGCCAAGUAGUGAUCUUAAUAAUAGCACUGGACAAUCUCCUCAUCACAAAGUUCAGAGAAGCAUAUCUUCUAGCCAGAAACAGCGGCGGUACAGUGAUCACGCUGGACCAUCCAUCCCCUCAGUAGUGGCAUAUCCCAAAAGAAGCCAGACUAGUACUACAGAGAGUGACCUCAAAGAAGAAGGAAUUCAGGCAAGAAAAUCCAGCAGCAGUGCUGUUGCAGGAAGAGGAAUUGCACCAGCUAGUCCGAUGCUUGGAAAUGCCAGCAAUCCAAAUAAGGCUGAUAUUCCUGAACGUAAGAAAAGUUCAGCUGUUCCUAGUAAUAAUACUGCCCCUGGAGCAAUGACACGGCGCAACACAUAUGUUUGUAGUGAAAGAACCACUGCUGAUAGGCAUUCAGUGAUACAAAAUGGCAAGGAGAACAGCCUGACAGAAAUGUUCGCUUACGCAGCUAGCCCUGCUUCAGUUUGUACUACAUCCUUCUCCAGUGUUCGGCUGCGACAUCAGAAGUCGAUGUCCAUGUCAGCCUCUGUGCACACGAAGAUGAUGUUGCCUCCAAUAGACAAUGGCGCAGAUAACUUCAGGCCUAUCACUAUUCCAGAUCAGAGAACUCCUGUUGCUUCAACUCACAGCAUUAGCAGCGCAACCACACCUGAUCGUAUUCGUUUCCCCAGAGGAACGGCCAGUCGGAGCACUUUCCACGGCCAGCUCAGAGAGCGACGUACUGCUACCUACAACGGGCCGCCAGCCUCCCCCAGUCUGUCCCAUGAAGCAACACCACUCUCUCAGACUCGAACCAGGGGUUCCACUAACCUGUUUAGUAAACUGACUUCAAAAUUAACAAGAAGAAACAUGUCAUUCAGGUUUAUCAAAAGGCUCCCGACUGAAUAUGAGAGGAACGGGAGAUUUGAGGGCUCAAGCCGCAAUGUAGCUGUGGAUCAGAAGGAUGAGAACAAGGAAGCCAAGCCUCGGUCGCUGCGUUUUACCUGGAGCAUGAAAACCACCAGCUCCAUGGAUCCCAAUGACAUGAUGAGGGAAAUACGGAAGGUCUUGGAUGCCAAUAAUUGUGACUAUGAACAAAGAGAGCGUUUCUUGCUUUUCUGUGUCCAUGGAGAUGGGCACGCAGAAAACCUUGUACAGUGGGAGAUGGAGGUGUGUAAACUGCCAAGACUGUCCCUGAAUGGAGUUCGCUUUAAGCGGAUAUCGGGAACAUCCAUAGCUUUUAAAAACAUUGCUUCCAAAAUUGCCAAUGAGUUAAAGCUGUAACAAGAGAAAUAGUUAAGUUGUAAAUUAGUUAGCAAUUUCAAGUGGUUUUGAGAAUUCCGAUGGAAAUGUAUAGAAUAACAUUUAGGCAAUAACUUCUGCAUCCUUCUGAAUAGUGAUAUUAAAGAGAAAAAAAAAAGCUGCUGAGCUGGGAGGGAGAGUUGGACUUUUUUAUAAGUGCACUACAGCAUUAAAGUUGCCUACUAUGUAAAAUACUACCCCUUCUGCUUUAUUUCCAUUGCUCCUAAGUCUUUGACAACAAACCGAAACACAGAAUAUAUUCAUUUAAAUAUGCCUCCUGUUUGUGUGGACGUGUGAAUGUACAGUAUGUGUGUAUCAUAUAUAAAGUAUUAUAUGUAAACAAUUCAUUUACAACAUCAAGCUGUACCAGUACCUCCUUUGGGGCUAAUUUUGGUGCUAAAAAUUGAAAUGGCCAAGGAGGAAACACUUAACUUAAUAUUUAAAAUAACUGAAGUGAUAACCAGGAAUUGCAGGUUUACAGUUCACUGC